GCUCUUCGUGGCGUAUUUGAAAGAGAAAACAUUGCAGGCCUGCAAUUACCUCUGUCCUCAGCGCUCGAGUACAUUCUCGUGUAGGCGCCAAGAUGUUUGGCGCAAACAAUACAGGCCUUGGUGGCGGGGCACGCGACCAGGAGUAUGCACCACUACUAUUCGCGGUGACGCCCCUGGAUCAGGCGACUCCGCGGGCGGCUACACCCCUGCGGGCCGACAGCUCGCUCUCGACGCAGCGGCGCUCCGGGUUGGGAGGAGUGCCCCAAACGCCAGGCUCGAUGGCGACGGACGCCACGCCACCGCCUCCGCCCCCUAUCAUGCGGCUAGCAGAGGACGUGGUGAUGGAGGACCCGGGGAGUACUGCACGUGGCGCCACGCCGCCGGGGCGACACACACCCCAGCAGCCACCGCUCGCGUCCACGCCGCCGCCGCCGCCGCCGCAACAGACGCUGGGGACGGUGGCGCUCGGCUUCGAGCAGCAGCAGCCCGCGUAUGAGGACGACUGGGUAACCAUCUUCGGCUUCGGCCAGCAGGACGUGCCGCUUGUGCUGCGCGAGUUCCACCGCUGCGGCGACAUCCUUGCCUGGGGCUUUGGCGAGACCGGCGCCAACUUCAUGCACGUGCGGUACCAGAACAAGUACGGCGCGCAGCGCGCGCUCAUCCGCAACGGCGAGCAGCUCACGCCCUCGCUCAUCAUUGGCGUGAAGCCUCUAGACCCGCGGCACCGCGCUCGUGUGGAGAGCCUGGCAGAGGGGCCGGACGCUGCGGGGGCAGCCUUCCGGCCCAAGCCAGUGCCGGAGCGGCCGUACCGGGUGGAGGCGACGGUGGGGCAGGCGCGCGUGCCGCAGCCCAGCCGGGGCGUGCUGGGCCGCGUCUACGAAUUCGUGCUGGGUAUGUAAGAUGAGUGGCGGGGGGUUGAGCGGGCGUGAGGGAUUCGGAUUGACAAGCAAAGUGAGGAGGUCUGUGGUGGAUGCCGGACCGGGAGUAGGGCAGGCUGCUGGGGAUGUGCGUGCGUGCGUUGGCGAGCGUCAUCGGCAAGGCGUGGGGUGGCCACGCCUGCCGGAAGUAUGUUACAAUGACAGUUACAGUGCCCCAUCAGUCAGAGUUUGCGUUAACUGUAGGUCUUGUCACGAGGUCGGGCGCGGUGGUGGAGGAUUUCAGGAGAUAACAGCAGCGCAUAGAGGGGAAAUGUUGUGUGGCCGCGGCAGCAUUGUGCAGUGAUGAGGGUUGAGAUGUGUGCUCUGUUUGUACAGGCACGGCCCGCCAUGUGUCAAGGUGUGUCCCGCUGCCAAGCAACAGCACAAGCAAUCAACCAAACAGCAGGAAAUCUUCGAGCCACAACACUC